AUGGCUGACACUCAGGAAGAUUCUAACUACAGACCCAAUUAUGGUUUGAAUCAAGGUUUCACACAGUCUCAGAUUGUUGGAAAGUAUGCUGACGAAGAUGAUGACGAAGCAGAAGAAGAUGAUGAAGAACAAGAACAAGAACAAGAAGAAACAGAUGUUGGUGAUAACGAAAUGAAUGGCACUUCUACUCAACAGAACGGAAAUGAUAAUGAUCAUCAUCAUCAAUAUGAUGAUGAUGAAGAUGAUGAUAACGAUGAUGAUGAUGAUGAUGGUGAUGAUAAUACCAGAAGAAUGACCAGUGUUAACCUCCAAAGACAUCCAAAGAAGCGGAAAUUGAAGAGCUUGUUAUCAAGUUUUGAAUUUUCACCUCGAGUGGCACCUCCAUCAUCAGUGGCCCCACCAAAACCAUCAUUUGGUGGAAGAAACACACUUACAGAUUGGAGUGAACACGAGACAUUUGUGUUACUAGAUGCAUGGGGGGAAAGGUUUCUUCAAUGUGGAAGAAAGAGUUUAAGGUCUGAAGAAUGGCAAGAAGUUGCAGACAGAGUUUCUCAAGAAUCAAAGAUAGAAAGAACAGACUCUCAAUGUAGAAACCGUUUGGAUACAUUGAAGAAGAAGUACAAAAAGGAGAAAGCUAGUUUAACAGGAAGCAGAGGUGUAAAUACUAAAUGGGUAUAUUUUAAAAAGAUGGAUAUGUUAUUAUCAGGGGAGAAUGCUUACAUGAACCCUAAUGAUAAUCUAAAUCCUGCAAAUGGGGUUGAUGAUAUGAGGGAUAGUGGUGGGAAUUCAGAUUCUCAAGAGGGUGAUGAUGAUUCCGAUUUGCUUCCGCCCAAGAAAUUGAAAUUUAAAGGAGGCGGUGGUGGUGGUGGUGGAGGUGGAGGAUCAUUCAGAUUGCUUGCGGAAUCGAUUAACAAAUUUAGUGAGAUAUAUGAGAAGAUUGAAAAUGGGAAGAUACAGCAGAUGAUAGAGUUGGAGAAGAUGAGGAUGGAUUUUCAUAAGGAUUUGGAAAUGCAGAAAAGGAAGAUUCUUGAUAGAGCACAAGCUGAGAUUACAAAAGUAAGACAAGGGGAUUAUGAAGAAAAUGAUGGAUCUGCUGAAAAUGUUAGCGGCUGA